AUGACAGAGUUCUUCCUCGCUCAACUUCCUAGAGUCCCAAAGGAAGAACUAUCCGAAGAAAAAGCCUGCAUUAUAUGCCACGAAGAAUACGGUACGGCACCCUCAGAUAGCGAGCCUGCCGAGGAAGCAGUGCGUCUACCAUGCCCAGGUGGACACAUAGUCGGAUCCAAUUGUAUCUCGUCUUGGUUUUCAUCUGACAUGAACAGACACUCCUGCCCAUACUGCCGAACUGAGUUUCUCGCCGCGACCAUUCUAGGCGACCACGGAGACCGAUUCGAGCGCUGGCUCGACCAGUGGCAUGUUUUCAGCUCGUACUUGGGAAGCGUAGGGGCUACUCCGGAUCUCAUGCAACAAUGGCAACAAUGGUUCGUGCAAUGGGGCAAGGCAGCAAUCGACGUAAACGAGGAGGCCAUAACCCACGCGAGGACGGCCCGCGAAGAUCUUUUCAGGCGAACAGGAUGGUCGGAAGUGCCAGCAGAUACAAGGACGGUGUGCUGGUCUGAAACAGAAUCGGAUACUGAACUUGAGCCACUGGCAUCAGCGAUCCGAACUCUGUCCUUCCGGGAGUCUUACCUCUACGUCGGCUGUCUGGUGAGUGUGAAGCCUCUAUAUUUCGACGUCUGUGCGGGAAGGGAGCUUUUAGGGGUGUUCUCGAUGAGGUGCAGAGUAACAAUGAAAGAUGGCACAUACUUCGUUCGCAGGGUUAUGUUUUCGAUGAAACGCGGUGGAUGUGGUCUGCAUACCCGUACUAGGCAGUUCCUCGAGGUCGCAGAAGGGGGGCGGAUGGGUCAAGCAGCAUGGAUGACAAAUCCUCAAGAGCCCAUUAGCCCCACCACUGGCAGUGGAUUACUGGAACAUGCGGAUGUUCUGCAACAGAUCGACUACCUUUUGUCGGGCAACUGUCGAGAAACCACAGUGCUGGACCCCAACAGCAAGACCCAAAUGUUGCCGUCUCCCAUCGAUCCGAUCCCAGCCCACGCCUUUGGUCUCAAAGCUACAAUCGACUUCGAGUUACCCGAUCAAAUGCUGGUCACUGACUGCUCGGUAGAUACUGUACAGCUGAAAACCUUGGGAGAACAGCGAUCCGACUGGGCUGAGUCGCUGGCAGUGGUCACCUAG